AUGGCUUUUGUUUCACAAAUAGAACCUUCCAAGGUAUCUCAAGCACUAGAAGAUGAUCAAUGGAUUCUUGCCAUGCAAGAAGAGCUAAAUCAAUUCGAGCGAAACGAUGUUUGGGAGCUUGUUCCUAAUCCGGGAAACAAACGUAUCAUUGGAACCAAAUGGGUAUUCAAGAAUAAGAUGGACGAAAAUGGUAUAAUUACUCGAAACAAGGCAAGAUUAGUGGCACAAGGGUACAAUCAAGAAGAAGGUAUUGACUUUGAAGAAACCUUUGCUCCAGUAGCUAGAUUGGAGGCAAUUAGAUUACUUCUUGCGUAUGCAUGCUCAUUAGACUUUGAACUUUUCCAAAUGGAUGUAAAAAGUGCUUUUCUCAAUGGUAUCAUCUGUAGAUGUUGUUGA